UAGACGUCGUGACAGACGCGGCCCGUUGCCUUGGAGCCCGCAAGGCGCUGCUAGGCCUCCACCGCAGUGGAGAGCGGGGGCCGAAGGCCUCAGUCACCAUGUCUGUGUUGGACGUACUUUGGGAAGACCGCGACGUCCGUUUCGACGUGUCCUCGCAACAAAUGAAAACCAGACCUGGGGAAGUCCUUAUUGAUUGCUUAGAUUCAAUUGAAGAUACCAAAGGAAAUAAUGGAGAUAGAGGAAGACUCUUAGUAACAAAUUUAAGAAUUAUAUGGCACUCUUUGGCAUUGCCCAGAGUCAAUCUUUCUAUCGGUUACAACUGCAUAUUGAAUAUUACAACAAGGACUGCUAACUCUAAAUUACGAGGUCAAACCGAAGCUCUUUUUAUACUAACAAAGUGUAACAGCACUCGCUUUGAAUUUAUAUUCACAAAUUUGGUUCCUGGAAGUCCUAGACUUUUUACUUCUGUGAUUGCAGUACAUAGAGCAUAUGAAACUUCUAAAAUGUAUCGUGAUUUUAAAUUGAGAAGUGCGCUAAUUCAAAACAAACAACUAAGAUUAUUACCACAAGAACAUGUAUAUGACAAAAUCAAUGGAGUAUGGAACUUAUCCAGUGAUCAGGGAAAUCUAGGAACCUUUUUUAUUACCAAUGUGAGAAUCGUGUGGCAUGCAAAUAUGAAUGAUAGUUUUAAUGUCAGUAUACCAUAUCUGCAAAUUCGUUCGAUAAAGAUUAGAGAUUCAAAAUUUGGUUUAGCUCUUGUCAUAGAAAGCUCUCAACAGAGUGGAGGAUAUGUUCUUGGCUUUAAAAUAGAUCCUGUGGAAAAACUACAGGAAUCAGUUAAAGAAAUCAAUUCACUUCACAAAGUCUAUUCUGCCAGUCCUAUAUUUGGAGUGGAUUAUGAAAUGGAAGAAAAGGUAAUUUGUUCAAUAUGUGAAAUACAGAGUUUGCUGAAUUGCCUUCCAACUUCCUGUAAAAUUCAGCCACAGCCCCUUGAAGCUCUGACAGUUGAACAAAUUCAAGAUGAUGUAGAAAUAGAUGCUGAUGAUCACACGGAUGCUUUUGUGGCUUAUUUUGCUGAUGGCAAUAAGCAACAGGAUCGUGAACCUGUAUUUUCAGAAGAACUGGGGCUUGCAAUAGAGAAAUUGAAGGAUGGAUUCACACUACAGGGACUUUGGGAAGUAAUGAGUUGAUCUUGAGUUGAGCUGGAUUUCUAUUUAAAGAUAUCUCAAGAUUACAGACACUAGUCGCCUACUAUAAGGCAUGGAAUAGUUUUUAUAUUUACAGCUUUUAUAUUUAAAGCUUUUAAGAGAGUUUUUUAAUGAUUAAGAAAAAAUAUUUUUAGAAAACUCUGUUUUCUAAAAAUUAUAUCUAAAAUUGUAAUUGAAAUGUAUCUAGCUUGUAAAAUGUUUAUUUUGUAUCUAAUACUUGUAUAAGUUUCCAGAUUUUAAAUAACUGUUAUUAUGUUGGGUUUAAUAAAGAAUUUAUGCAGCACCA